UUGGGAAUGCAAAAUGCGAAUGGCCCUUGAAGAAGAAGAAGAAGCAGAGGGAGGAAUUUUAACAAAUUACAGAGGAAAAAGGCAAGAAACGGGCGAAGAAAGCAGUGUGUGUGCAUUGGCAAGUGCAUAACUCCUUACCACACACACGCACACGCACCGACAUAGCAGGGAGCACACACACAAAUCCCAAACAGGACCGUGGUGACCAGGACAAAAACCCCAGCUUAGAUGAUGAGCAGCAGAACGCAGGACGCGGACGGUGCCUCGAUCAGAUUCAGCGACCACACACUGGACAAGGCCACCAAGGCCAAGGUGACGUUGGAGAACUACUACAGCAACCUGGUGACGCAGUAUGGCGAGCGAAAGCAGCGCCUCGCGAAACUGGAGGCGCAGCUGAAGGACGAGAGCCUGUCAGAGGCGCAGCGCCAGGAGAAGCGGCUGCAGCAUGCCCAGAAGGAGACGGAGUAUCUCCGGCUGAAGCGGUUGCGCCUCGGUGUGGAGGACUUUGAGGCCCUCAAAGUCAUCGGACGCGGCGCGUUCGGUGAGGUGCGUCUGGUGCAGAAAAAGGACACGGGACAUGUGUACGCCAUGAAGGUGCUGCGCAAAGCAGACAUGCUGGAAAAGGAGCAAGUGGCCCACGUACGCGCCGAGCGCGAUGUCCUUGUGGAGGCCGAUCAUCAGUGGGUGGUCAAGAUGUACUACAGUUUCCAGGAUCCGGUCAAUUUAUAUUUAAUAAUGGAGUUCUUGCCUGGUGGUGAUAUGAUGACGCUUUUGAUGAAGAAGGACACGCUAUCCGAGGAGGGCACACAGUUCUAUAUCAGUGAGACGGCAUUGGCGAUCGAUUCUAUUCACAAACUCGGUUUCAUACACAGGGACAUCAAGCCCGAUAACUUGCUGCUAGACGCGCGAGGGCAUCUGAAGCUCUCUGACUUCGGGCUUUGUACUGGCUUAAAGAAGUCGCAUCGGACAGACUUUUAUCGGGACUUGUCGCAGGCGAAACCAUCAGAUUUUAUUGGCACUUGUGCCAGCUUGUCCUGCAGUCCUAUGGACUCAAAGCGACGCGCCGAGUCUUGGAAGCGAAACCGACGCGCCCUCGCCUACAGCACCGUGGGAACGCCGGACUAUAUUGCACCCGAAGUAUUCCUGCAGACUGGCUACGGACCCGCCUGCGACUGGUGGUCCCUGGGCGUCAUCAUGUACGAAAUGCUGAUGGGCUAUCCUCCAUUCUGCUCCGACAAUCCCCAGGACACCUACCGCAAGGUGAUGAACUGGCGCGAGACGCUGAUAUUUCCUCCAGAGAUCCCCAUUUCGGAGGAGGCCAAGGAGACGAUUAUCAACUUCUGCUGCGAGGCCGAUCGCCGUUUGGGUUCCCAGCGCGGUCUCGAGGAUCUGAAGUCCGUGCCGUUCUUUCGGGGAGUUGACUGGGAGCACAUACGUGAGCGUCCCGCGGCCAUACCCGUUGAGGUGCGCUCAAUCGACGAUACGUCCAAUUUCGACGAGUUUCCCGAUGUGUCGCUGGAGAUACCAUCGGCGCCCAUACCGCAGGGCGGUGAGAUUGCGAAGGACUGGGUCUUUAUCAACUACACGUACAAGCGAUUCGAGGUGCGAAAUUUGGAGUGAAUCCAGACUUGGAACUGGAACAGGAGCAGUAGCAGUAGCAGCUUAAAGGUUGCCGCACUUUGCCACCCAUUUUAUCACCACCACAGCCGUCGUCUCUCUAACACCAUCACCACCAAGAGCAUUCUCCACGCUAAACGAAAUCCCCAAUUUUCCGUUUUGAAUGUCUUACCUACAUGUGUAUUUAAAUACUAGCUAACAUUUGUGAUUCCAAACAAAAAGAAGAAUAUUAUAGCGCGGACAAACGAUGUAUUGUAUGUAAAAAAGUCUUUCUUAGAGCGUCGCCCGCGCCUCGGUUAAACGCUAUACUAAUCCUCAAAUGUCCUUCCAUUGGCUUUGUUCAAUCCUUAUCUUAACCGGUUAAACGUUGUGUUUGUAAACCAGAUCCCCAUUUUAAGGACCCAUUCGGCAAUUCUUUAUAUAUAUAUAUAUUGUUUACUUAUUGGGCAGCAGCAAAAUACCCAUAAAUUUAUUAUUUAGCAAAUUAAAAAUGUUAUAACUUUUAGGCACGUUUAUUGUACGUAUAUAUUUGUAUCAAUUAAUUAUGAAACAAAGUCUUAAUACAUAGUAAACCUUAAACCACACAAAAAGCAAUCGCAAAACCGAAUCGAAAAUCUAUCACACAAAUUAGUUACUAAUGCCAAUAGCAACAAACGCUAAUUUAGACAUCAAAAUAAACAAAAGUAUGUUUAAA